CUCUUUUUUUUUUCUCUGCGGAGAGACCGCUCCAUUCAUAGGGCUGGAUAGGCAGGCAGGCAGUCAGGCAGCAUAAAGAUCAGAGCGGCAGAAACACCAUCUGCGACCUAGAGUGGAGCCGAAAGGAUGGUUUCGCGUUGAACCCACCAGGCCCCUCUUAACCCGCGAAAUCUUCGCUGGCCGUUUUUUUGCCAUCGGAUACACCCCGAAUUUAAACCGACACCUUCUCUUCAGGAAUGGGACUCUAGUGUUUCGGCUGAAUGCUGGCGUUCCCAUCCUUGUUUUUCGCAACGUGCCGCGGAAAUAGACUGACUUCCUCGUCGCCUGUUCAUCUGGUGCUGCCGCAGACCUACCCCUCCAUUUGACUCAUUUAGCCUAGAUCGUCCGCGGACUCGCUGGCUCAGGCAUCUGGACACAUCGGGGCUGGUCUGUCGUCGUUGGAAAAAAGCAAAACGUGCCUGUGUGUUCUUUUGCUGCCUGUAUGAUGCCGACACAUUUGCGUUUCCGGAGAAGGUCAUUCCUUGGGCUUUUAUUCCUUUUUUCACUCUCCACCUCGGUACUAUAUUUCAUCUACUCCGCCCCCGGAAUCGUGAAUGAGUAUGUGUUCAUGGUCCAAGCCAGAGGCAUCCAGAUCAGAGAGAACGUGAAGAACAUUGGGGCUCAGGUUCUGGAGCAGGUGGUGAGAGGGGCCUACAGCAUCAAUGGCACAGAUUAUUCCUAUGACUUCAACUUCAGCGAGAGUGAUGCUCCUUCCACCACAUACCUGCCUGAGGGUUUCACAUACCUCCCUUCCCAGGUUUGCCCCGAGAGGAUGCCCUCUAUGAAGGGCAGGUUGGAAGUGAACAUGAGUGAAAUAUCUCUGGAGGAGGUCGAGAGGUCCUUGUUAGAGCGAGAGCCCGGCAUGGCCCUGGGAGGCUUCUGGAAGCCCGAAGACUGUUUACCUCGCUGGAAGGUGGCAAUCCUCGUUCCAUUCAGGAACCGCCACGAACACCUGCCCAUCCUACUGAGACACCUGGUGCCUGUGCUGCAGAAGCAAAGACUCCAGUUUGCCUUUUAUAUCAUUGAGCAGGGAGGGACAGAACAAUUUAACCGAGCCAUGUUGUUCAACGUGGGAUUUAAGGAGGCCAUGAAUGACCUGGACUGGGAUUGUCUGAUCUUCCAUGACGUGGACCACCUCAUAGAGAACGACAGGAACUACUACGGCUGCACGGACAUGCCUCGGCAUUUUGCGGUCAAACUUGACAAGUACUCCUACAUGCUUCCGUAUAAUGAGUUCUUUGGUGGUGUCAGUGGCCUGACGGUGAAGCAGUUCAAAAGAAUUAAUGGAUUUCCCAAUGCGUUCUGGGGCUGGGGAGGCGAGGACGAUGACCUCUGGAACAGGGUUCAGUUUGCCAAUUACAGCGUAAGCAGACCGUAUGGAGACCUGGGACGCUACAUGUCAAUUCCACACCACCAUCGCGGAGAAGCCCAGUUCCUGGGAAGAUAUAGUCUACUACGUCACUCAAAGGAGAGGCAGAAAGUGGAUGGUCUUAAUAACCUAAAAUACUUGCCACUAAUUUCAAGAAGUCCCCUCUUCACCAACAUCACAGUCAGCUUGAGCAGAAUGCUUGCGCCCGUGGCUGACUACUGACGUAGGCAGAGCUGGACUGCAAAACACCUGGGAAUCAAAAGUCCUCUGGGACAUCAGCCAUAUCUCACCAGUCGCAGCACUGCUUAGGACUUUUUUUUUUUGUUUUCUUUUGCUUUGUGUUUGUUUGUAUGCAAAAAAAUAUAUAUGAAAUGGAGACUCAAAUUAGUAUGUUUGAUAAAUCAUCUGAAAACAAAAUAGGGAUAAAUGCUGCACUUACUCAUGCCACAGUUCAUUACUCUUCAUCUGGGCUUGUGUACACAUCAGUCUCCACAUGCCUUUUGCACCAUUUUGGCCUUCAGCAUCCCAUUUGUCAAGCUUGUUCCUUAUUUUCUCUCUGAUUAGCUCUGCCCUGAGUUGUUGUGCUUGAUUACUAAAUUAGGUUACACAUUCGAGCACACACACUGGCCACACAUGUAUACACACAGGAGUAUGUACUUGCAUGUGCUGACAUAGGGGGGGCGCUGGGGCUUAGAUCUUUCAUUUUAGUUUUGCUCUUCUGAUUUCAUGAAUGCAGUAAGCCUUUGCAUGCACAUACAACCCUUACAGCACCACAGAGCAAUUUCAGUUGAGUUGAUUCGCGCAGCUGGUUCUGCAAUAGGUAUGUCAAAUCGACAAGUUAAGAUAGUUAAAGAAAAUGAUAUAUUGUACAAGAAAUAGUUUAUUUUAAGUUCAGAAAAUAUUAUUUCAUUAAUCAUCCGUAUUCCAUCUAGUGAGAACAUACCAUUUAAAGACUGUGAUGUUUGUGUUUGCCUCGUUCCACUGAAUGUUCUGGCUGCCUGCUAGUGGCUGUAUGUUGGAGUGCAAUGCUCAUCCUGUUAGCAAUAAGCUGUAAUAUCAGACAGCAGAAAUUAGGCCUGACUUCCCUAUUGUAAAAAUGCAAUAGCAUGGGUGCUAGCAUUCCCUUGUUGGAAGUACAGGAAAGGAGUGACUGUGUAUGCAAACUUAAAAUUCAGUUCAGCUUUGCUUAAGCAAAACUCGGCGCCCCUUUUUCUUUCCAGAACUUUUGUGUGUCUUGUGUCCACGUCUGUGUGCGAGUGAGGGCAAGCUAGGCAAAUAGCCUACAUGCAUUUGGUCGCCGGGGAAGGAGGAAACGUCUGGGCUUGUGUACAAACUUUUGUCUGGCCGACUUUAGACCUCACUCAGCGUGCAGCCUGUAAAUCUAGGCCAGAAAGAAAGAAGGUGCAGGUGUAUUUUUAGACCCAUUAUGUUAUUGUUUACUCACCUUAAUUUUUUUACAGCAGAGAAUGGGAAGUAGUGAAUACUUGACUGGUGUUACUAUCACUGGUGUUUACAGAAGCUUUAGCUUUAUUUUGCAUAUUGUCUAGUGUUUGUAACCAGCCCACCUCUACAUAGGGUGCUGCAAACAUUUUAUCUGCUCAGCAGCCCCGUUGCAGCUGCCUUUGUUCCCCCUUUUAUUAAACUGACACUUAUUUGCUUGCAUAGAAAAAAAGGCUGAUCUGAAUGCUUAUUGAUGGUGGCAUGUGAUAACUAGUGAUUGGUUUUGUGUUCAGGCUUUUCUUUGUUUACAUCAAACUUUGAAAUGUUGAUCUAGGUAGAGAUUUAAAAAAAGAUUUUUAUUUUUUUUUUAGAGGCAUGCAGCCUGACACAGACUGGUACUCCUCUCAAGACACACUGCAGCUCCUCUCUAAUGUUUAACAGUGUUGAUUUUUGGGGUCAGAUAUCCCAAAACUAAUGUAGUUCCAUUGUUAAGAUAUCACACAGACAUACUCUCCUCACUGUCUUCUUGUCAUGCAGCUACAACAUUUCACAUAAAUCGCCUUGUAUACAUUUCUAAACACGUAUCUCUUGGGAGGCAUGUUCGUAAUCAACAGAACUGUUGGAUUUCAACGACAAAAUACGAACCAAAGGGGCUGGACCUCUUGUCUAUUUAUUUGAUGAAUUACUUACUUUUAAUUGUUCAGUUUUUAUUUUUCUUGCGAGUUGACGUGAUAAUUUAGAAAGUGACAGUGUUAGAUGCACUGAAACAAUGCUGUGUGUAAUAGUGUGGGAUUCUGAGGUUCGGUUCUGUGUAAUUUGGGGCACUUCCAUUUCAUUUAGACACAGAUUUCUUUCCUCCCUAGGAGUGGCGCAAAUGGCGUCGCCAUAAUGAGCUGAAAUGAAAUGGAAUGGCACCCGUACUGUAGCUUGGUGUUAUUACUCUUCUGAGCAGAUGUGUUGGAGGAAGCCAUUUUGUGUGAUAACCACAGGAAGAGCAAGACGGUUUUAAAUUGCUAGUGGCCACUGUCUUUCACUGAUCACCUCCAUUAAACUGAUGAUGGAGCUCUUACUGGAGCCAAUUUUACCAUCAAGUAGCCUGAUAUUGAGCAGGAAAAACGUUACUGAGACUUCUGGCUGUUUCAUGUUGUUUAAUCAUCCUUUAAGUCCUCGUGAACUAGAUUUCAUUAUAUCUUCCAAUGAAUUUAUUUAUCCAGCCAUGUUUAACUAACCCAUGUAUCAACUUAGAAGUGCUCACACCUCUGUUCAAAUACUAGGUUUGUUAUUUUUUUUAAACUAGACCAUCUAAAUGGUUUUAAAGGUUUUCUUCACCUUUUAAAGCCAAAUAUAUAAUGUAUAGUUGAACUAAAAAAACAAAUAAGUCUGUUUAUAGGAGGAUGUAAAAAACUAAAUAACCUGGUUGCGUAGGUACGUCUAAGCACCUUUUGAUUCCGUAUCAGCAUUCAGUCUUCUUUGUAGGAGCCGAUCAGCAUUCCAUGUUUUAAUUUGGCAGUAUUUCUGCUCUCUCCCGUCUAAAGGUUCUCCAAAUCAAUUGGUCGGCGAAGACUUCGCUUGUUGACAGCACCCCUCCAGUGACCCCUUACAUUUUCUGUCAGUCUUAGUUCUGGACAUGGGUUAGGCCAUUCGAAAACUUCAGAAUUCUGGUAAAGCAAUUCUAUUGUUGGUUUUAGAGUACGGUUGGACACACAUUAAGGUUGGAAAAAUAAAAUCCCUCAUCUUCAUAAAAAAAAAAAAGAGAUUUUUAUGAUUUCAUCCACCUUGCCAAACAAAAACCAUUUUCAUCUGAAAAAAGAAACUCCACAGCAUGAUGCUGCCACCACCGUGGCUUCAUGUGUGUUGUGUUGUUUUUGUGCUAAACAGCUUUAGUAGUCAAAAUGUUGAAGUUUGGUAUCAUGAUACAUUUUACAAGACAUUGGCAAGGCUUCAAUGUUUUCUUUGGGAAAAUAAAUCCUGUUUUCUUGUAGCCUGACUCCAUAGUUUGGACGUAUGGAGAAUACUGUUGUCACAUUUGGAACAACUCCAGUACUUGGCAGGAAUUCCUGCAGCUUUUUCAGUGUUACUCCCAGGCUAUUGUCAGCCUCAGUGACAACUUACCAUCUUGGUGUAUCUUUGGUUUUGAAGAAAUGUCCAGUUUUUGUUAUGACACUGUUGCCCCUUCUUCUCCAAUCACUGAUGCCAUGGGGUACAUAUAAUGUUGAUGUUUUGUACCCUUCCUCUGACUGAUAACUCCAUACAAUGAGAGUUUUCUGUUGUAACUAAUCUGCAAACUACAAAAAGCUAUAUCCUCCUUUAGCUUAAUGCCACAGAUGUAAAAAAAAAAAAAAAACAUCCAGUUAGGAGAGCUGACCUCUAUUUCUGGUUCAUCAGAUUCACAAUAAUUGACAGCAAGCUUGAACUCAGGAAGAAUGAAUGCUGAAACUGAAUCAAGAUGUGCUUUAUCAAAAUAGGGUGCACACUUAGAAAUGAAAAGAGAAGAAAUGACUAAUCAGUCUUUUUUUUAGCAUUGCAGCACCCUGGCAUUUUAAUGGGUGUUCGUACACUUUUUAGAGCACCUUUAUGUAUAUUUAGAAGAGCUCUGGUUCCUUCCCAGAAAUGAAGCAGACGUUUACUUCCUAGCUCCAGACUAAGGAGGUGCCCAGUGGCAGCCAUGGACAGUAGCAAGCAGUUGUGUUAAGUUUUCUUUUCCAUGUGUGUUUGAGUGAAAUGGCUAAACCUUUCAGAGGUGCAACCAUCCUCCAUCUAAACCUUCUAAUCAAGUUUUUUAUUUUUUGCAUUUUGUUUACCAGCACUGAUAAGAACAUGUCGGUUUUUUUUUCUGGUAGUGAACAACUGGCAAGUUCUCCUUGUAGUUCCAGACAUUUACAUGAUACGCUGUAUAUAUUAUCUCUAAACGCAUAUAUAUAUAUAUAUAUAUAUAUAUAUAUAUAUAUAUAUAUAUAUAUAUAUAUAUAUAUAUAUAUAUAUAUAUAAGCUUUCAAUGCUUUAAAUUAAAAGCUAAUUGGACAUUAUAGCAAAGCCAAAUGGUUUUUAGUGUGCGUGUUCAGAUGAAGAUUCAGACUGUGAGUGACACCCUCAAUCUAAGAGGCCCUCAGCGUUCUCAGAGUCAGUAUUGGGCUCUAUAGUCACAAUUCACAAGCAGCUGCAUCAGUUCUACACUUACAAGAUUCAUUUUCUUUGGUAACUACUGAACAGCUUUGGCCACUAGUUUACUCAUUUGGAGACUUGUAGUUGGAUUGGUGAAUAUUUGAUUCCAGUGUGAUGAGAGCAGGCCCGGACCGCCGCUCUCUAAAGAGACUUCUUCAUAUCUCAGUCUCGCCUGUCCUGAUCCGUUCUGUGCCAGUUUAAAUGAAGGGACCAUUCCUUGGGCAUCUGACAAGACUGGCAGCCUUAAAGCUUUUUAAUUUAUUGCAGUUAUUUUAGUUUUUUUCACUUGUUUUUAUUUUUUUUAUAUAAGCAAGAAUAUUUAAAUUGAAAAGAAGUGCAUAUCAAGAAAUGAUCAUUGUAAAUAUCGUUGUUGUGUGUAGUGUUUUAGAAAUUCUAUUAAGGUCUUAAAUCACUACAGAUGCUAGCAUAAAAACAAGGCUUCAAGAGGGAUGGGGUCUGGGGGGUUGGCUCGGGGAGGUUAUCUGGUGCCAUUUAGGUGCUAGCGGAGCUUACACAUCAAUGUUUUUACAUCACUGCUUCCAAGCACAAGCUGUUUCUUUGUUGUUGUUGUUUUUUUUGGUUUUUUUUUGACAACAAUGUUCUAUAAAAUUUAAAAAUGCCCACAUAAUCUCAAGAGUUUUGCAGUCCCAGGGUCUCCAUCCUGUUGGAGCUCAGUGUGGGUUCUGUGUCGGAGGGACGUCUCUUUGAGUGUGUCAGCAAAUGGAUUUAGGUCGAGCUCACAAGAAACCACUGCAAGAUCAUUUUCUUGUUAUUAUUGUUUCAACAAAAAAAAGAAAGAAAAAGUCUUACAUCACAGAGGUACUCAAAGCAAUGACACAAUCCACUACAAAAUGCUCACAGAUAUGCUCUUUUUUUUUGUAUGAACUAUUUAAGAAGAAACCCAAUUAAAGGAGACCGAUUGCUAACAUCUUUAAAAUAUUUAUUCUUUGAUUGUAAGGAGAGACGCGUCUCCUUGAAUUGAAGCCAUUCGAAGCCACUUGUCAAAACUUGAUGUCAGCCUUAUGUGGAUCUGUUUGUGUAUUGGCAUAUUAUCUUUUGAUUAUUGAAAUUUGUAUGAUGGAGAUUUUCUUUUAUACCAUCAUUGUUAUUGUCAGAAGUACACCAAUAAAACGGAAACUUGUAAAGUA